AAAACUCGUUGUAGGGCACAAACGCUUUAGACCAGCCCUCAGCAUGUUCAGUCCUGCCCUCCGCUGUUCCCACAUCACACUCGCGUGUGGCUGUGGUGCGCAGUGAUCGACAGUCUGAGUCUGCGUCCUCUCCUCCGGCCGUGGAACCGUUUCGAGCAGAGUUUCAGUGGAUAUUUAAAAGUAUUUACAGGCUGGUUCUCACUGCCUCCUAGUGCGCAUCCCCGGCACUGAAAAGAAAAAGGAUUUCUGGAGGAAAAUUCUCAAACUUGACAGCACUAAAAGGAACACUUCCACCUCUUGCUACACAAGUUUUGAAGAAAGAAUGCCCAACCAGAGGACUAUAUGACACCCUGUCAGUGGAUCUUAUUUUAAAAUCAGAAAAGGCGAAAAAAAAAAAGAAACUCUGGGAAGAACCACCGAUGGCCACUGAGUCUUCCCAUGCUGCCUAUGCUGCUGUAGCCCCCUCUGCCAACCCAAUGUCUCCCUCCACAGGAAUGCUUCGGAUGUUUCGUGAGUACCAGAGCAACGCAGUCAUUAUAGAGCACUAUAACUACACCGGCAAGCUGAAAGAGAGCAAGUACACGGAGGGAAUCAAACCGGAGGCCAUAGCCUUCUUGCUCGUGUGUCUGCUUAUUGUUGCUGAAAAUGCUGUCGUGCUUCUGGCCAUCUGGAAGAAUAAGAAAUUCCAUAUGCCCAUGUACUAUUUACUGGGCAAUCUGACUCUCUCUGACCUGCUGGCAGGUUUCACUUACAUGGUAAACCUCAUGACGUCCGGUGCCAACACGUUAAGCAUGACCCCGGUGCUGUACUUCUUGAGGGAGGGGGGUGUGUUCAUCAUGCUGGCUGCCUCUGUCAUCAGCCUGCUGGCCAUCGCCAUAGAGCGCCAUGUCACCAUGGUGAGGAUGAAGCCGUACCAGGGGGACAAACAAGGCCGGAUGUUUGCUCUGAUCGGAGCGAGCUGGGUUCUGUCUGUGUUCCUGGGCGUCCUGCCUGUCCUGGGCUGGAACUGUAUGGGCCGGCUGGAGCAGUGCUCCACCGUCCUGCCGCUCUACGCCAAGAGUUACAUCCUCUUCUGCAUCACCAUCUUCAGCGCCAUCCUCAUGUCCAUCGUCGUGCUGUACGUCCGCAUCUUCCGCAUCGUCAAGUCCAACACGCAGCGCCUCGCAACGGUCCCGCAGCGGAAAGGCCUUUACCGGAAGUCCCAGAAGUACAUGGCCCUGCUGAAGACGGUCACCAUCGUCCUGGGAGUCUUCAUCGCCUGUUGGCUGCCCCUCUUCAUCCUCCUGCUGCUGGACUUCUUCUGUCAGGCCAAGUCCUGCGACGUGCUCAAGAAGGCGGACUAUUUCCUGGGCAUCGCCAUGUUCAACUCCCUUCUGAACCCCAUCAUCUACACUCUGACCAGCAAGGACAUGAGGAGGGCCAUCCUCAGGCUGCUCUGCCGCCACUGUCUCCUGACAAAAGACGGACAAGUGAAGAAGAUCGGGAUGCCCUUCCUGGAGUGCAGCACCAGCAAGACGGACGCGGCCUCUCACAGACUGGAGGGACUGGAGACGACGGUGUCCUCCGGUAACUUCACGCCCACCAUCAAAUCCAUUUACCCCCGGAUGUCUAAAACAUGACACAGCGGCUGAUUGUGACUGAGAGGAAGCAUUCAGACUGGUCCAGUGCUUUUCUCUUUAACUGAACUGCAUUAUCAAGCAGAUAUGGAGCUGAAGUUCUGUGUUGCACUCAGACGUCCAACAUGGGAGAAAGACUUUAUAGGUUAAGCAUUCACUUGUUUUAAAAAUUUCUGUGAAUCUUUCCUGUAAAACCAAAAUAUUAACGCCAGAACAGUAGCUGAAGGUUUCCUGUGAAAAAUUAGCAUUACAGUUACGACUCUUAAAGGCCAGUAUUUGUCAGAAGAUGUUCCUUCCGGAGAGAGAAAAAAAUCUUAUCAGUGUUUGUAGAGGAAUCAAAGACUGUGUGCAGAUGUUUCCCAUAAAUACAUCGUCUGAUAAAAAGGGGGGCUAAAGCUAAACAUGAGAGUCAUCCUUAUCUCCUCUGCCUGUGUAGCGUAUAUAAUGACAUGUUGUCACAAACACAGAGCAUCCACACCCAGAAUCUGCUGCCAAAACCAUGUAAUUUCUGCCAUGUGAGUUUUGGUCAGCAGUGAGUAGAGGUCCCCCCCCCACCACCGCUCGACCGACAUCAGAGGCUCGGAGACACACCAGAGACGUCAUACUGGGUGGUUUGCAGCUUUGGAGGUCCCUUCUCGACAUAUGUAGCGACACAUGAUGAAUGCCUAAAAGCAAUAAAAGCUGACAGUGGAGGCUUGUUGACGCCUCCUCGGUUUUAACAGACCGGGAAUAUCGCAGCGAAAUUACAGCCUGCGUGCACCGACGACGGCCUUUAGAACUUUCUCUUUGGAGUGAGCUCAUCUUGAUACCGUGAAAUGAUACUAAUCUGUUCUCCUCGUGAGUUUCUCACCGACCCCGGAACAACUUGUAUUGUGAGAUUAAAAAAAAAAAAAAAAAAAGCUUUCUUAAUAUUGUACAAAAAUGUAAAGAGGAAAUAAUUAUAUUUGCUGAUUUUUGUUUUUGUGUAAAUAUCUAUACACUCCGUGAGCUGCAUUUUUGUUGUUGUUGUUGUAAAAUCCUCACUUAAGUUAUGACGCCAGUUUUAUAUGUGCACUGAAUAAAGAGAUGUGAAUGAUUUUUA